AUGAGUAUUCAAAUUCCAAAUCCUGAAAAACAUGAAGCCUCAGACGCUAUUGGAACAAUGACGACAGAGCAAUCUAUUUCGUCUCGAGCGCACUAUUUUCCGUUGGCAUAUUUUAUUCCAUUAUUUGUUUUAGAGUUCGGAUGGACUUGGUGUCGACAACAUUUAGCCCAAGAAGUGUAUCGUGAAGCGGACUAUUCAUUUAAGCAGUCAGAAAUAGUACAGAACCCCUCAGUUAAUAAACAUUUCUGUUUCUACGGUACCAGACGAUUUCGUAUACGGAGUAAAAUUAGCAUGGGCAACGUACACUCUUCAUCCAGCUCCUCCGAUGUUCUUCCAGUCGAGCAUUAUCUGAAUGAUCUAGCAUGUGGAGAACCAAUAGAAAGUCUUGGAAGUACACGUUUCAUGAAAGUUGCACGUGGCAAGAAUAGCGAAGGGGCUUGCGUUUGGAAGGUGUUUCUUACACAAGAAGAUCCGGUUGUCUUCGAACCUUAUAGGAAAGAAAUAUUCCGAAUUCGAGAUGCGCUUGUUAACGCCCCAAAUUGUUGUACAGUGAAGAAAAUCUACGUCACCCCCAAAUGUGCCGUCCUUAUACGUCCGUUUCAAAAACAAACCCUGUGUGACCGGUUAAGUACGCGGCCUUUUAUCGUUCAACAGGAGAAAAUAUGGUACAUUUACCAACUUUUUAAAGCCGUGGCGCAGUGUCAGAAGGCUAACGUUUGUCAUGGAGACUUAAAAUCGCAAAAUGUCCUCCUAUCCUCUUCAAACUGGCUCCAAAUCACAGAUUUUGCUCCCUUUAAGCCCACAUAUCUCCCCCAUGAUAACCCUUCUUCAUUCACCUUCUUCUUUGAUACAAGCCGACAUCAACACUGCUAUCUUGCUCCAGAACGCUUCCUUUCUUCCGUAGACUAUGAAAUAACACACAAAGAGAAAGGAGAUGAGUGGCUUUUUGGGUCGCUUGAACCCUCAAUGGAUUUAUUCGCUGCUGGAUGCGUUGUUUAUGAGCUGCUACAUGAAUCAGGAAAACCGCCUUUUUCGUACGGGGAAUUGUGUCACUAUCGAAGGAUGUCCACGAGUGAAGCAGCAACUUUCCUGGAAAGAUUGCUCCUCGACAUUUCUGCUGAGUUUCGCCCGCUCCUAAAAAUGUUGUUAAACCGGGAACCGUCGAUGAGAGUCACAGCUCAACAAGUACUGGAUGGUUCGGUUUUCCACUUCCCCAAGGUGCUGGAUGCGUUCUUCAGUUAUCUCAACGCUUUCCGCCCCAAAGAUCUUACAACGUCUCAAUCGGUUGAAGGAUUUGAACAGUCCCACUUUACUUUUCAUCUUGAACCCGACGACGUUAUUGCGAAGCUCAAACGUGAUGAGAAAUCGUAUUGGGAUCGUCUCACUGAAUCUGAAGAAAAUCGCCCUUACGCAAUACUUUUUAUUUCGCUCAUUACCGCUAACAUCCGUGUCCUUCGAAGCGUCCCUGCCAAAACUGAUGCUAUGAAUUUACUUGUUAAAUUGGCUUCACUUUGUAGCCCUGUUGUAGCAACCGAAAGAGUGCUUCCUUAUUUGGUAUCCUGCCUGUCCGAAAAUGAUGCACAAGUACGAGCAGCGGCAGUUUACUCAAUAACUGAACUUGUUCGACCUAUUGAACCAACCACCUUUGAGGACUCGCUUAUAUUCAUUGAUUAUCUACUACCUGAAUUGUCAUCAAUGCUAUCUGACAAAAGGCAUCCUUGUCCCACUCUCGUUCUUCUCGCUGUUGCCACCAAUCUGGGCGACCUUGCAGAGACAGCGUACAGAUUCCAUGUAGUUGGUCGUAAUUUGCGAAGUGGAGUGGCAGACGAUGAACUUUCUGGUGCUGAAAAUAUUUCGGAAGCUCAACAAGCUGCUGAUGAGAAAACUGCUCUUCAAAAGGCACUAAGCGAGUUGUUUGAGAUGCUAUGCAGUAGCCAAGAGAACAGUGUCCGUCAUUGUGCUGUCAAUCGCCAAUCACUGGGGAAAUUGUACACAUUUUUUGGAAGAAUGAAUUGUGGAGAAAUACUUCUUCGCCACAUGAUUACAUUUUUGAAUGUUAAAAGCGAUUGGAGAUUGCGUGCUGCCUUCUUCGAGUCGUUGCCGAUUUGCGUUCAAAAAAACAGCUUUGACGUGAAGCCUCUACUGCAGCAGGGGUUACAUGAUUUUGAGGAAAUAGUUGUGAUCUACGCUAUUCACUGCACAAUUGUGCUCGUGGAGACAGGGGUUCUUGAACGUAAUGAAGUGCUAGAACUUCUGGUAGAUGCGUUACCGUUCUUAUCGCAUCCGAAUGAAUGGAUCCGCCUCAUCGUCGUGGAGCUGUUGAUUCUUCUUGACUCCCGAUGGGCACUUGCAGAUACACAAUGUCGGUUGUUACCCAUGGUGCGCCCGUAUCUCAGUGAUACUGGGCUUCUUCGACUUAACAACAAGCUGGUCAUAUUAACCUGUCUCAAACCACCGAUUCCUCGAGACACUUGGAAGAAAGUGACCGAGUUGAACACUGAACAAACUGAAGCUCUCCAAUUCGUCCUAGAACGUGGCCUCAGAGGUGGUAGUAUCUCCUGCAACGAUUCGUGGUUUGUGCGAAUAUUUGGACGUGAUAGUGUAGAUGCAGAGCUGUUCGAGAAAUUGUCACAUUUCAAUCGGCUGCUCUUAAAAAUGGCUGAGUUCCGAAGAACAGCUGGAAUGGAAGCGGAGCUCACACAGCAUAAAGGAAUCAUUGAUUUAUCGUCAAAGUUGCACGCGAACGUUCGACGGAACAUACACAGCUACUCGAACAGUAGUGCUUUGCAGAACAAAGUAGUUGCACCAGCAGAUAUGAACAGUGAAUGGAACGAAAUGUUUGGUGAUGGCGAUAAAUUAAGUGAAGAUAGGUCGACAGAGGAGCGCAAUGCAGCUCAUCUUCAGAUGCAGACUCGGUCUAUGCGAACAUCCGUAUGUGGCGCCCAAUUAGCGGAGCUUCUGCAACAUAAAAGUGAAUUAUUCUAUAGGAAGUUUGGAGGUGGAGGAGGACAACGAAGGAGCUCCAGACAAGCAUCAUCAAGCGCAAAGAUUUCCGGUACUUUGAUAGCGCAAUUGCAUCAGCAUUCUGACAAGGUUACUCAGCUAGCCUUGCAACCGGAUCAAAUGCGUUUUGCUUCUUCGUCACUGGAUGGUUCAGUUUUGUUGUGGAAUUCAUGUCACGCUCUAGCUGAUAGCUAUGGAGAUAUUCGCUCAGAUGCUUCGUUCACAUUCAACAAAGACUAUCCAGUAGCGUCGAUUGGUUGGGCAAGUAAUGAAAUAUUAGCGAUGGCUAUCGGCGAUGGUCAUGUAUUGUGGACAGACGUGGGAGGUAGUGAGCCUCGCGUGGUAACAAAAGUUCAAUUGCCGGGCAUUGAAGGACCACCAGAACAGAUUCAUGUGUCGAAUAAUAUAACCUACUUAAGAAGUCAUCAUGGCGUUAUAUACUGCCUUGAUCUUAGGGUUGGCAAAACAAAUGGCCCUUUGGGAUUUCACGAAGUUUGGCGAAGAGAAGUGGUUAAGUAUCAUGGUCUAGUAACAUCGUUUUGCGUUGAUCCCGCUAUGGAGAAUUGGAUGGUUAUGUGUAGCACAAAUAAAGAGCUCAUGCUAUGGGACUUAAGGUUUCAAGUACAAGUUCUUUCAUGGAAAACACCACAUGGACUGCUACCAUUGCGAUUGUGGUCAAACCCGCUAUCGCCAGCUGUCGGACAAACACCUCCCGAGGUUUUUGUCGCCUACGGAUCACGUGGAGAAGUUGAUUUGUUUGAGUUGGGGACUACAGGACCAAUCCGAGCUCUUUGGCCUUCACUCUCCGAUCCAUUCACUUACGCGCAGUCGAGCGCAUCGGAUGAUGAUCUUCGUAAUGUAACAACUGCUCUUUGUGUUUGUCAAGAAACUGGCUACGUGUACACAGGAGACAGUGAAGGUAGCCUCCGAAGAUGGAAUCUAAAUCGAGCACCAUUGUGCGAGUACAUUAGUGGACCAAGAGAGAUGACUGCACGAUCACCGUAUAGAAUUGCUUACAAUGAAAUGGCAGCGUCUGCCGGACAACCUGCUACGAUUUAUGAGCUUCGCAUGCCCAACGAGCAAACAAAAUUGCGGAGUUAUCCUGAUUUACGGUCACAACCCUCAACUCGACAUAGGACAUCUGUCAGCGAUGUGCUCUGCUUGAAGUCUGAUUUUCUGGUUUCUUCUAGCGUAGAAGGUAUAAUCAAGAUAUGGAAAUAA